AUGCCUAGCACGCCUCAAAUUCUUGCUGGAGCGAGUUUGUUAGUUGCUUACUGGGUUGUGACGGCAAUUUACAAUGUAAUCUUCAGUCCUCUGCGCAAAAUCCCAGGGUCAUCCCUGGGCGCCGUAUCUUGGCUCCCUUGGUACAAAUACUGGUUCUCCGGAUACAUGCACCGCGAAGUCCUGAAGUUACACGAGAAAUACGGCCCGGUAGUGCGAAUUGGGCCUUCUGAAAUCUCAUUCAUCGACCAAGCUGCUUGGAAAGACAUUUACAGUCUCAAGAGAUGCAGGCAAAUCGAGCGCGACCCAACGUCGUUCCCAUCAUUGACACCACACGGAUCCAAGUUUGACCUGCUGACGUACAGUCCAACUGAUCACGCGAAAUAUCGCAAGAUUCUCAAUCCUUGCUUCUCUGAAAAGGCAACGAAAGAAUAUGAAGCCACAAUCCAUGAGAACGUUGAUAGAAUGAUUGCGAAACUUGCGUCGAAUGUCAAAAAGGGCAGCGGGGGAACCAACGUUACCAAAUGGUUCCAGUGGCUCACCUUUGAUAUGGUUACCGACGUCACUUGGGGGGAGUCUUUUGAAUGCGUCUCCAAAAAUGAAAGCCACCCCUGUCUGGCAUUAUCGAUGGACCUCGUUUCCUUGUCCUCUUUCAUCGUGUUUAUAGCAUGGUGGAAGGGCCUCAAAGACUUUCUCGUCAAGCUUUCGGGAGUCGAGGGUCUCUUUACCACUCUCGUCCGUUCCAAGUGUGAGAACAACCUGAAGUCUGACUCAAACAAGUCAAGCAUCUUUUCGAAUCUUGUUGCGGCGGGUAAUCCGUUGAAUCAAGCCGAGUUGGAUGGAAACUUGACGGCAAUUGUGAUUGCGGGGAGCGAAACUACGGGCUUUGCGUUGACGGCGACAAGUUAUUACCUGGCCAAGAAUCCAGAGUGUUUCCGGAAAGCAGCCUCAGAGAUCCGAUCCACGUUCUCAUCAGUUGACGAGAUUAACGAUGAUGCACUCAGGAAGCUUCCGUAUCUCAAAGCCAUCAUCAGUGAAGCUUUGCGAAUGACUCCAGCAGAGCCAAACGGGCUGGCGAGAAAGGUUGUAGUGGAUGGGUUGGAUAUUGCAGGACAGUAUAUCCCCAAAAACACUGCAAUCUACGUGUCUCAGUUCGCCGCCAAUCGAUCCUCGUCCUAUUUUCGACUGCCCAACGAAUACCACCCCGAGCGCUGGCUAGACGAUGCCAAGUUCAAAGACGACAAGCUAGAUGCGGUGCAGCCGUUCAUCUUGGGCGUCAAUGUGUGCAUUGGGAGAGGUCUUGCGUGGAUGGAGAUGAGAGUGACGCUGGCUAAGCUUUUGUGGCAGUUUGACUGGACCAUUGACGGCGAUGGGGGUAAGGCGUUUGAGCAGUCCAAAGCUUGGCAUGUCUGGAUGAAGAGUUAUGUGCAUUUACAAUUGCUAGAGCGAGGGUCUCUGGAUUCAAAAGCUAGGUGA